AUGGGUCUCUUCAAGCGCAAGGACUCCAAAAACUCGAUCCAGAGUGAGAAGGAUGAACAAGAUUCGUUCGCGUCCGUUAACAGUGCUCGCACCUCCAAUGCCUCGUUGCGAUCGCCCGGCUACAAAGGAAGUGGCCUGCCCGCAUCAAUCCCCGAGUUGUCGAUUGCCAAACCCCCCGACCCAGCCUUAGACCCUGCGGCCUAUCUUCGCAGUGUUCAUGCCGUACGAGACCGGGCCAAAUUCGUGCUGUCAAAGGCCAAAAGGAACCAACUUAAACAUUUCGACGUCGACAUGAGCAAGUUCCAGGCUACGGCAUCCUACAUCGUCUCCAUCAUCAAGCGCGACUAUGCUCCCGACUACGAAUCGAUCCCUCCUCAUGGCCGCUGGCAACAUUUCGACGUGGGCGGCAGACCGCGUGUCAACCAGUUGCUGCAGUCCUGGCCCAGUACGAUCGAUGCGCAAGAACGAACUCGUCGGUUGAUCGAUCUCUUUGUUGUUUCGGUCCUCCUGGACGCCGGCGCCGGCACUAAAUGGUCAUACAAAUCCAAGGAGUCGAGCCGGGUCUUCUCGCGCAGCGAAGGCCUUGCGGUGGCCACCCUCGAGAUGUUCAAAAGCGGGCUCUUCAGCAGCGACCCAACCGAACCGUGCCAGGUCGACGGGGCCGGGCUGAAAAAGGUAACGGUGGAAGUCCUGGCCAAGGGAAUGCAGCACUCUGAAACCAACCCGCUCGCCGGUCUGGAGGGCCGCGCCGGACUUCUUGCUCGUCUGUCGGAAGCCCUGAACAACCAGGACUUCUUCGGCGUGGAUGCGCGUCCAGGAAAUCUUCUUGAUCACCUUCUUUCUCAUCCGUCAACACUGGCUUCGUCCGUACCAAUCGUUCCGAUCACCACGCUGUGGACCGUUCUCAUGGACGGUCUGACCCCGAUCUGGCCCUCCUCGCGAACGAAAAUCGACGGUCUGUCUAUUGGGGAUGCCUGGCCCUGUUCGACCCUACCGCCAUCGCCUCCGGCGCAGCCUUGGGAGAACAUCGUACCGUUCCACAAGCUCACCCAAUGGCUGUGUUACUCUAUCAUGGUCCCUAUGUCUCGAUUGAUGAAGAUCCACUUCGCUGGCAGUGACCUGCUUACCGGUCUCCCCGAGUACCGGAAUGGCGGCCUUCUGAUCGAUAUGGGACUACUUACUCUGCGAGAGGAUGACCUCCAGCGCGGAAUCGCUGCAUACAAGCAAAAUGCGCAGAUCAAGGGUCAGCCGAAUGUGGAGGUGGUUCCCCUCUUCUCGACCGACGACGACGUGGUAGUGGAAUGGCGAGCAGUGACUGUUGGGUUCCUGGAUGACCUACUGGACGAAGUCAACGGUCAGUUGGGACUCCGCGGGGAAGACCAAUUGACGCUUGCGCAGAUGCUCGAGGCUGGCUCAUGGAAGGGUGGCCGCGAGAUUGCCGAGGUCUCCAGACCCAACACGAAGGAACCCCCGAUCAUGAUCCGCUCCGACGGCACCGUAUUUUAA